AUUCCGAGUUACUUGCUAGACUAUUACAGCAACAUAUUGGAAAAGAUAAAGUACUCGAUCCAGUUAGUCUUCAUAUCUAUUGGUGGAAAAGUUCUAAUAUUAUAUCAGCAGAUUUACAAUUAGCACAAUUAUGUCCAUCAGCUAUAAAUGAAUUUGCGCAGGAGAAACAAGAUGUCUCAUUUGAGGAAUUUCUUGUCGAUAAAGUUAUUAAAAUGACGCUAGAUAAAAUUGUAAAAAAAGGCGACGAGCUUCAAUUGGAUCAAUGGCAACACGAAGUUGUCAAGAUUUUAUCGUUUAGUGCAAAGAUCUUGAAAUCAAAUAAAUUAAGAUCAUAUCAAUUAUUACGCAUUUGCAACGAUAUUGUAUCAUCAAAAUUAAUACAACUAUCGAGUCUUAAGGAAAUCAUAAAAUUAGGUCUAAUCUUUGAUGAACAAAAUGUUUUGUCUAGAAAAUUUGUCGAUCACGUAUUAAACAUUUUACCCAAGCUUGAAAAAAAUGAACAAACCUUGUUUCUGCAAAGAUCGUUUAUAAUGAGGUGUCUUGACACCAUCCCAUUGGAAUCGGUAGUUAGGCAACAUAUUUAUAAUAACAUAUUUUCACAAAAAGAUCCUUUUCCACUUAUGGGAUCGAUAAUAACUAAAAUAUUUUGGAAUGAAGAAGAAACGAUUAAUGACCCAUUUCUACGAAUAUUACAAGAUCCAAGAGAAAUUUUACAAGCUUCACCCCGAUUAGAGGUGAUUAAUGGUGCUUUUAAAAAUAAUAACCUGGAUUCCUCAAUGGCUACUCUGUGUUGUGAUAUUAUUCAGAAAGAGUUCUUUAUUUAUAUGGAGAUUCAAGUUAUGGCACGUUACUUUGGGCAUGCUGUUCAAGCUUUAUUAGAAAAAACAUGUGAACCCUUAAAACGCAUCUCAGCAAUCGCUUUUCUUAAAGAAUUUGUAUAUUGCAUGUGGGAUCAAACACUUAAUGAUGACUAUACACUACCAAUUUCAUUUGUUGGCAUAAUGGACGUUGGUGAAUUUGAUGGUGAC